GGGCCGGGCCUUGCGGGCGCUUGUUGUUGUCCGGCCAGGGGAGGCAGAGGUCGGUCGCUUGCUCGCUCGCUAGCUGGGGAUACUGGUGGCGGUCGGCGGGCAGGUCGGUCGCGGCAGUCGGGCGCCGUGCGGGGGCGAGGCUAUGUCGCAGUGGCAACCCGGAUGGGCCGGCAAGGCCGGGAGUAACGGGAUGUCGCCGCGGAGCUUCUUCCCCCGGAUACAGUGCGGCCCAAGCGGAGGCCGCGGCGCCGCCCUCCGGUCCUGAGGACCCCGCGUUGCCCAGAGCCCUCGCCGCCUUUUCUCCCGCACCGACACCAACCGACCCGACCCGGCCUGGCCCUGCCCGGUCAGAGAGAGCACAGCGCAAGCAGAAAGCAGUCCGUAGAGCAGGGAAGAGCGCCUCGUCCCGGUGUCUGCAAGCCAGAGCCCCAGGUGUUCCUGACCAGGCAGCACUAGCCCCUUGCAGCACAGGACAUGAAGCUGUUGGAGAACUCCAGCUUCGAGGCCAUCAACUCACAGUUAACUGUGGAGACUGGAGACGCCCACAUCAUCGGCAGGAUUGAAAGCUACUCGUGCAAGAUGGCGGGAGAUGACAAACACAUGUUCAAGCAGUUCUGCCAGGAGGGCCAACCGCAUGUGCUAGAGGCACUAUCCCCACCCCAGACCUCAGGCCUCAGCCCCAGCAGACUGAGCAAGAGCCAAGGUGGCGAGGACGAGGGCCCCCUCAGCGACAAGUGCAGCCGCAAGACCCUCUUCUACCUGAUCGCCACACUCAACGAGUCUUUCCGCCCUGACUAUGACUUCAGCACGGCCCGAAGCCACGAGUUCAGCCGGGAGCCCAGCCUCAGCUGGGUGGUGAAUGCAGUCAACUGCAGUCUGUUCUCGGCCGUGCGGGAGGACUUCAAGGCCCUGAAGCCACAGCUCUGGGACGCAGUGGAUGAAGAGAUCUGCUUGGCUGAAUGUGACAUCUACAGCUACAACCCGGACUUGGACUCAGACCCCUUUGGGGAAGACGGCAGCCUCUGGUCCUUUAACUACUUCUUCUACAACAAGCGGCUUAAGCGGAUUGUUUUCUUCAGCUGCCGCUCCAUCAGUGGAUCCACGUACACGCCCUCGGAGGUGGGCAAUGAGUUGGACAUGGAGCUGGGGGAGGAGGAGGAGGAGGAGGAACUCCGAGGUGGAGGCAGUGAGGGCGGACCCGAGGAGACCAGCCCCAUGGAGGACAGGGUCCCGGUGAUCUGUAUGUGAAGAAGAGGAGCAGAGGCCUCAGCUUCAUCCAGCUUCAGCCAGUGCCCGGGCCUGCCCACCUGAGGGCCCCCAGGCCUCCCCAGCUGCUGGCCAGACCCCGGCACUGCCACAGCUCCAGCGCUGCCCACCUCGCCCUUUGGCUCCAGCCCGUGGAUGGCCACUUACCCCACAGGCCCUGCUGCCCACAUUGUGGCUGGGCUGGACAGACAGCACAAGGCCUGGUGGGAACAGCCACUGCCCUGCCCACACGAACUGACACAGGCAGGGACAGCUGGACCACAGAGUUUAUUUUUGUAUUUUGUAUGGGGUCGGGCAUUAGCCUGCACACUCCAGCCCAAAGGGCCCGAGACCCAGCGAGCAGCCCCAGCGGUCCUCGGGCCUGGGCCUGGGCCGGCGCUGGGAGCCCGCCUGUGCUCCCCGCCUCGCCCACUGGGCGGCGUGCACUGAGUGCCACUUUGCUGCAGCUUGUUUGUUUCCAAUAAAAGUUUAUGUGACUG